AUGAACCGACUCAUUGACGAAGGUGCCCACGCCCACCUCAACCGACGCACAGUCGGGUACGCCCGUGACGAGCUUGGAAAACGAGGCAAUGAAUUUCUUGAGGACAUUCAUCAAAAUGUGCAUCAUCGUGCGCAUCACGGUGCAGACCUUGUCCGCAAGGUGAGCAAGAGGAGUCUGAGAAGCAGGCAAAGUCAUGAAAGCAGCGAAAAUGAGCGUCCGCAAAUCGAGUUGCACGACAUGAGCCCACCUACCCCCCCGGGUGCUGGAUUAGCACAUGAAAACGCUUCAUACCCUCACGAUGUCUACACAGAACGUGAAUGCGUCAUGGGUCAGACCGUACCAGAAGAAGGGGAAGAGUUCUCAUCCAUGGAUGGAGGGUCAGACAUGGACUAUGGGAGCGGGAGCCACUCCCAAGAUCACAACCCCUUUCUGACGCCCACGGUCCGCUCCCAUGCCGGCUCCGAGGAACAUGAAUUUCGAGGUAGUCGGAACCGUACAGGGGAUUACGUGAUCGAUAUGGAGAGGCAUCGCCGAGAACAUGGUCACCAUGCGAGCCAAAAGGUCCGACCUGCAGAACCAGACGACUCCGAGCACCGAGGCCAACAUGGCCACCAUGCGGGCCAGAAGAUCCGACCUGCAGAACCAGACGAUUCCGAGCACCGAGGCCAACAUGAUCACCAUGCGGGCCAGAAGGUUCGACCUGCAGAACCAGACGAUUCCGAGCACCGAGACCAACAUGGCCACCAUACGGGUCAAAAGGUCCGACCUGCUGAUCUUGGCUUCGAAGAUGUGGAUUUGGCAGAUGCGGUCAAGAAGUCAUCACACUGGGGCCUGAAGGGGUACCUCAAGAAAGAUUGA